GUGCUCUUCUAGUAGUACAGCUCUUGGGAAGACUGUGGAAAAUUCAGAAGUUACUCAUGAAGAAAUUGUGCUCCCACGAAGGAAAACCUGGGAUAAGCUAGCCGUUCUUCAGACAUUGGCUUCUACCGUGAACAGGGAUCCUACUGCUGCUCAUUAUAUGUUCCAGGAUGACCCUUUCCUUAUGCCAAGAAAUGCAGCCAAUUCUCGUCUGUUUUCAUUGUCGAAGGAGUCUGGGAGAAAUGCUGCAAAAUACAUUAUUAAGCAAUUUCCUCAAUAUUUUGACAAGACUUUUGCAGAGCCCAACAUAUCAUGCUUGAUGCCUGAGAUACUUACACCUCAGAUUGAAGGAGUGAGCGAGGAAGCUCUAAAAGAGCGUAUCCACCUCAGAAGGGUGAAAGAUUCUGUGGACCUGUUCAAUCAGCUCGUACAAGCAGGUACGCCUGUAUCUCUGGAGACCACAAACAGCCUUUUAGAUUUGUUAUGCUUCUAUGGAGAUGAAGAAUCUACUCCAGAAAAAGAGCAAGAAGAAAAAGAGGAUUUGGAAGAACCAGAGGUGAACGCUUCAGAGCAGAAGGCUCCAAAGAGACAGUUCCAAAGAGGCUCACAGUUAUCUGGCUCUCGAUGGAGGGAGAACAACAAUGCUGAAAGGAUAUUUAAGAUAAUGCCAGAGAGGAAUCCACACUCCUAUUGCACAAUGAUCCGUGGGAUGGUGAAGCAUGGGGCUUUUGCUAAAGCUUAUGACAUGUACAUGGACUUGCUGAAUGAAAGACACAAGGCUGACGUGCACGCCUUCAACGCGCUGAUUACAGCAGUCCCAUAUCUAAAGGACAGGUUCUUAGAAAGAUGGGAAUUAGCCAAGGUCUUCCUGAAUCACAUGGCUCAAGUGCAACCAAAUCUGCUGACUUUUAAUGCUUUACUGAAGACUCUGAGAAGAUGUGGUGGUGUAGGCAGAAGUAUGUCUUUAUCGGUAAUAAAGGAAAUGGAAGCGCUUGAUAUAGAGCCUAGCCUUGCAACGUAUGAUCAUCUUCUCUCUAUAUUUUAUAGAGGCGUUGAUCUUUACCCAUCAGGCAUCAUCUCUGAGGUGCUAGAUGAUGUUGGAAAGAGGAGCUUCACACCCCAGGACCCUGAUGACGCUAACUUUUUUACCACCGCUAUGCAAGCGUGCUGUGAUCUUAAGGAUAUCAAGCUUGCGUAUCGGUUAAAUAAAGCAAUGGAGAAGGGAGACAACUGGAAGUUCUUGGACGUGGAUCGGUUAAAUGCCUACUGGUCAAAAUUCUUUUCAUUGUUGUGUAUGAUGGAACAAAUUGAUGUUGUGUUGAAGUGGUACAAAGAAAUGUCUCCUUCGCUCUUCUAUCCAACUCCUAAAAAUAUAUUGGACCUCCUUCAAGCACUGGACACAGCCAACCACUUGGAAGUGAUCCCUUCAGUCUGGGAAGAUAUGAAGCAACUGGGGUUUAAUAGGAGACAUGACCUGUUGGAAGAGCUCUUGUCUUUGAUGAGCAGGGACCAGCACCCUGAAGAGAUUCAACUGGCAUUUGCCAAGUGUGCUGAAGACAUCAAAGCUGUCCAUGAGCAGAGCGGGAGGGAGCAGGUCGCGUUGGAAUGGACAGGCAGUGCGCUGGGCCAUGUCGCUCUGUUGUUUUCCAGGGCUGGGAGAACCCAGGACGCUUGGAACAUGAUGGAGUGUUUCCAGCAGAUCAAUAGGAUUCCCACUGACCGGGUGAUGGAUGAGUUCUUGAACUGUGCAAAACAAACUAAUUGCCCAGAUGAGGCAAUUAAGCUGGUAAAGCUGGCAGCAUCCCUCGGUCUUCCUUCAUCUCAAAGGCUUAAAAGCAGAACGGAGAAGGAAUUUGAACUCUCUGAAAAGCAGAAGAAGACAUUGGAGAGCAUCCAGUCAGACAGCGACAGCAGCGACAGCGACAGUGACAGUGACCGUGACUAG